CGAGAAAUGCCUCGAAAAAACAAUUCAUUUCGUUUGGUGAAAAACGAACAAAAGAAACGCUACCUAUAUAAACUGGAAUCGGGACCAAACUUGAUUCGUUAGACAUGGACAAGAAACUUAUCUUCUACCUGUCAGUAGUUUUGCUGUUUGGGCAGAGUUAUGCCUCAGACGGUAACUUCUGUUACACGAGAGUCACUAAAUACGCAGCGCAGCGGUACUGUUCGAGUUAUUCUUGGUGGAACUGGUGGUGCUGGAGCCACUCUUACAGAACGGCCUCUAAUGGCUACAGCAUGAAGAAAAUGUGUUGUCCUGGAUACCAAGGGAGUGACUGUGCCACUCCUAUAUGCAAUCCAGCCUGCACACAAGGCUACAGCUGCGCCUCGCCGAAUGUCUGCAAACCUGACUUUAUACCUGUGACUCCCAAACCACCGGUCCAAGACUGGUAAUGUCCAAUUUAUCAGCAGACAAGAUGAAAUCUAAAUCAACUGCGAAAAUUGAUUUGUAAUGAAAUAUGCUGCUAGAUAUUGUAACGAACCCAUUUAUUAACAAAAAAAGAAGAUAUUAAUACAUACCUAUGUAUAUAGUUUGCUUGUUGUGCACUGAAAUUUAAGAAUAUUUUUACCUU